AUGGCAGCCGCAGCAGUAAACAGAAGCACGAGUAUGCUGUCAAGGCGUGUUUUUGUGGUUGGGGUAGGAAUGACCAAGUUUGAAAAACCUGGUCGCAGAGAAAAUUUUGACUACCCUGAGAUGGCUAAAGAAGCUGGCACAAAAGCUCUGCAGGAUGCUGGGAUAUCAUUUGAAGAAGUGCAGCAAGCUUGUGUAGGAUAUGUAUAUGGUGACUCUACCUGUGGACAGCGUGCUGUGUACCAGCUUGGUAUGACUGGGAUUCCAGUUUACAAUGUAAACAACAACUGUGCAACUGGAUCUACUGCCUUAGUCAUGGGGAAACAGCUUAUUCAAGGAGGAUUAGCAGAUUGUGUUCUGGCUUUGGGAUUUGAGAAAAUGUUUCGAGGAUCCCUCAAAAAAUUUUUCAAUGAUCGGACAAACCCAGCAGACAAACAUGUUGCGGUGAUGAUGGACAUCUUUGGUUUGGAAAAAGGUCCCAUGGCUGCUCAGAUGUUUGGAAAUGCAGGAAGGGAACACAUGCAGAAGUAUGGCACCAAGCCUGAGCACUUUGCCAAGAUUGCCUACAAGAACCAUAAACACUCAACCAACAACCCAUAUUCCCAAUUCCAGCAAGAAUACAGUUUAGACGCCAUCAAAGAAUCAGCAAAAAUCCACGAUCCCUUGACCAAACUACAGUGUUGUCCAACAUCGGAUGGGUCUGCAGCUGCUAUCCUGGCCAGUGAAGACUUUGUGAUUAAACACAAUCUCCAGUCACAGGCUAUAGAAAUCCUUGGCAUGCAGAUGGCUACAGACCUACCCAGCACUUUUGAAGACAAAAGCUGCAUGAAAAUGGUUGGGUAUGACAUGACAAAGACGGCUGCGGACAAAGUCUUUGAGGAAGCAGGUCUUUCUCGUGAUGAUGUUAAUGUGGUUGAACUUCACGACUGCUUCUCCUGCAAUGAACUCAUCACAUAUGAAGCCCUUGGACUGUGUGAACCAGGGAAGGCUGGCCAAAUGGUUGAUAAUGGAGAUAACACAUACGGUGGAAAAUUUGUUAUAAACCCUAGUGGAGGACUCAUUUCCAAGGGACACCCUCUCGGAGCUACAGGUCUUGCUCAGUGUUCGGAGCUGUGUUGGCAACUGAGAGGGAUGGCAGACAAACGACAGGUUAAUGGAGCCAAGGUAGCUUUGCAGCACAAUCUUGGUCUAGGAGGAGCUGCAGUGGUGGCCCUUUACAGGCAUGGAUUCCCCCAAACAGUGGGUAAAUCUGUCCAGUUUGCUCCAGCAAGUGCAUCCUCAGAGACAGACUUCAAGUCAGCCAUCAUCUUCAAAGAGAUCAAGGAAAACUUGGACAAGGAUGGACCAAUGUUUGUAAAGAAGAUGAAAGGAGUCUUUUGUUUCAAAGUGAAGGGAAAGAAUGGAAUGGGUGUGUGGGUUGUGGAUGCUAAGAAUGGAAAUGGCUCUGUUAAAUUUGGUGGCGAAGCUAAGGGUGACGUGACUAUUAUAAUGGACGAUGAGGACAUGUUCAACUUAAUGCUUGGAAAACUGAACCCUCAGCAGGCAUUCUUCCAAGGAAAGCUCAAGAUCCAGGGUAAUAUGGGGUUGGCCAUGAAGCUCAAGGAAUUUGAAUCCAGGGCAGGAAAAUCCAAAUUAUAGAUCACAAAUUGAGACAAUCAGUUUCAAGACAUGUUUAUGCAAAUUACAAGCAGUGCUACACAAAGUUUGAUGUACAGAUAGCUGUACUGAAUGUAUAUGGAAACAUUCUGUGAUAUUUUAUUGUAAUGAUGGGAAAUUAUUUUACUCUGAAGCAAUUGACAUAAAACAGUGUUGUGAAACAGAACAAAAAGACAUGAUUUGGGGGGAAAAAAAUAACAUGUUUGGCUACUUACCACUGAAAGAAUUAAAUAGGAUUAUGUGAUUAAACUGUACCUUGGACAAAUGUCUGUGGUUUCUACAUCUCUGUGACUGUUACGGCUGUUGUAGGGACGUUAUCAGACAGAUUAAUGAAAAUGUAUUCUGUCAUUUCAUAGCUCCAAUGACCUGAAUGUAGGAUUGAAUGAAAACUGAACUAUCCGAUGUAACAUGUUUUUGAGAUCAGGGUUACAACAUCUGGAAAGGAGGAAUAUUUUAUAGACAUGUAAUAAAGAAGAGCUAUCAAUUGUUAUACAAAGAUCUUUGUUUAUGUAAGUAUUAUGAUGAUUUGAAAUGAUUUAUUGUUUAAAUUGUUUAAGUAUAACUCUAGAAAUGCAUUAUCCUGGAGAAUCGUUAUUAGAUUUCAGUUCAAUCAUGCUUUUGAUUCAACAAUACUGGACUUAUGGCAAAUAUCUUCAUAGCUACAAAGUUUGCAUCCAAACAAACUUUUAUUCAGAUUGUAAUCUUUUGUCUAUUUUUUGUGAUUGUGUACUGACUUUUGAUCAUUGAUUACUAAUUUACGUGUAAAUUUAGAUGGAAUUUUUCCCAAUUUUGUGGGCAUAACAAGAAAAUCUCAAUUUGAGGAGUAAGAUUCUUGAAGGUCAAUAGCUCAGGAUUAUAGGGAUAUUUGACAUUCAAGAAUUUCAUCCAAAGGGUUGGGAUUUAUAUAUUACACCCUCUAGGUAGGGAGUGAUCAUUUUUCUCUCACUUUUUCAAGGAGUGAUAAAUUUUCUUCAAUCUUCACAUGAUAGGGAGUGAUUGUUUUCCCAACAUCAAGAAAAGGAACUAUUUUUUUCCAUCUUUUGAAGUGAAGUAUUUCCACAAAUAAGAACAAUAUUUGAUUUGCUCUAAUUUGUUGACAGUUAAUCAUUAAUAGAUUUUCAUUACAUGGGGCCUGUCAACAUUUUAGAGGUAAAUUACAUCUAUCUGGAACAGAAGUCAUAUAUGUGUAUACAGAAGUUGGGAGAAUGCUGUAUCUCGUAGUACAGAGACUAAUGGGUCUGAUGUGAACAUGAACACUUGUUGGAAUUUGUAAAUGAAUUCAUUUAAAUGGGAUAUAAUUUUUGAAAAAUCUGUGGUGUAAUUGAACUUGAAUGUGGUGUUUCAUUUAUUUUUUCUUUUAUUAAAUUUUUGAUCAUGUAAUGAAAUAAAACUUAUACAGAAAUAAAA